AUGUCGUCCAAAUCAGGCGUCGAAAAUCCGCUGCUGCAUCCGCUGCUCUUCCUUUACCAGAUUCUGCAGUGGCUGAUAAGCUUGGCCCUCGCGCCGAAGCCGCCCAAGGACGGAGUUUCUUCCAAUCGGCCUCGUAUUGCCAUUAUCGGUGCCGGCUUGACUGGUGUCACGGCUGCUGCACACUGCGCCGGCCAUGGCUUUGACGUGCAAAUCUUUGAGGCCGAAGAUGAGGAGGCUGUUGGCGGCAUCUGGACUCGUGUAAAUAGCACAUCUGGCCUCCAGAUUCACUCUCUCAUGUACCGCUUCCACCCGGCCGUCAAUUGGCAAAAGGGCUACCCCAAUAAGGAGCAAAUCGUCCAACAGAUCCGCCAUAUCUGGAAGCUCUACAAGCUGGACAGGCACACAAAAUUCAACUACAAGGUCGAAAAGGUGUACCAGGACAACCAGGGCCGCUGGAUCAUCAACGACCCCUCCAACGGCCGCUUCGCAGGCCUAAUUGCCGCCAUCGGUACCUGCGGCCCACCCAAGAUGGCCAAGAUUGACAAUGCAGAGAAUUUUCAAGGCGAGAUUGUCCACUCGAGCAAACUUGACAAUGUCGACGCCAAGGGCAAGAAGCUGGCCAUCAUCGGCGGCGGCGCCUCCGCCAUCGAGGCCCUCGAGUUCGGCAUUGCCAAGGGUGCUUCGCAAAUCUCCAUUCUCUCGCGCUCCGACAAAUGGAUCAUUCCGCGCAACAUCUUUGUCGACGCGCUCCUCAGCAUGAACAUUUUCGGGCACGAGACGAGCCUGUCGUGGAUCCCCGAAACGCUGCUGCGGCGGCUCUUUUACCGGGACAUGGCCGACAUUGCGCCGUCUGAUGUCGGGCUCUUCACCGAUACGCCCAUGGUCAACUCGGACAUUAUGCAGCAGCUGCGCGACGGCAAGGCCCAGUGGAUUCGCGGCGACAUUGAGGGCUUCACCGAGCACGGCGUCCACGUCAACCAACGCGCGCAGGGCGUCCCCAAGGGCGGGCCCGGCAAGGACAAGGUCGUCGACGCCGAUAUUGUCGUGCUCGCGACGGGCUUCAAGCGCCCGAGCCUCUCCUUUCUGCCCCAGGACUGCUUCGAGGAUCCCUACUGCCCGCCCAACUGGUACCUGCAGACGUUUCCGCCGCCGCACCCCAGCUUGUCGGCCAUUAACUGCACCUACGUCGCCGCCAUUGGCACCGUCGGCAACUGGCACAUUGGCAUCUACACCCGCAUCAUGCUUAUGUUCAUCACCGACCCCCUCGCGCGGCCCUCGCCGUUUUGGAUGCGUCGCUGGAUCGGCCUCACUCGCUUCCUCAAGUCGUACUCGCCCACCCCGGCCUUUGACUUCUUCACCUACCUGGAGCUCGUCUGGUGGUUUGUCUUUUGCGUCUCCAUCAACCCGUUUCGCUGGAAGUGGGCGCUCUUUGUGCUCUUUGGCGUCGGCUUCGACCUGCCCAACAACUUUACCGAGCUGGAGAAGCGAGUGCUCAAAACGGAUGGCUACCAUAAGCUUGAUCAGGGCCGAAGCUUCUAG